AUGCUCCUCAGGAAUAUCCUCUCCAAGGGGUUCAGUCUUCGAAAUUCCAGCAGUUAUUGUAUGAGACCCAGUGUUGGUCUGGAACGCGAUGUGGAAGAUGUACUUGAGGCCGCCCAUCAAUUCGCUAAAAAGGAGAUGUACCCGAAAAUGGCAGAGUGGGAUAAGCAGGGAGAGCUCCCAAUGGAUGUGCUCAAAAAGGCGGGUGAAAUGGGUUUCGGAGCAAUCUACUGUAGCGGGGAUCACGGCGGAUCCGGAUUGUCGAGACUUCACGCUUCUGUGAUUUUCGAGCAACUUUCGAUGGGAUGCGUGUCGACGGCCGCCUAUAUUUCGAUUCAUAAUAUGUGCGCCUGGAUGCUGGACACCUACGGCCCUGACAAGCUGAAAGAGGAUCUCCUCCCCGACAUGGCACUUUUCAAUAAGCUCGGAUCCUACUGUUUGACGGAACCAGAUGCCGGAUCAGAUGCCGCUAGCAUCAGAACAACGGCCACCAAGAAGGGUGACUACUAUGUGGUCAAUGGAUCGAAGGCGUUCAUCAGUGGAGCAGGCACUUCUGAUAAUUAUUUCGUAAUGAUGCGACAAGACGGCGCUGCUCCAGGAGCCAAAGGAAUCUUCUGCUUGAUGAUUGAAAAUGGAACCGAGGGAUUCAGUUUCGGAAAGAAGGAGGAUAAACUCGGAUGGAAUUCUCAGCCAACGAGGAUUUUGACGUUUGAGGACUGUAAAGUCCCAAUUACCAAUCAAAUUGGAAAAGACGGAUUCGGUUUCAACAUCGCAAUGGCUGGACUCAACGGAGGACGUGUCAACAUUGCCAGUUGCUCACUUGGAGCAGCUCAGAGGAGUUUGGACUUGGCGAUUGAGCAUUUGAAAUGUAGGAAACAGUUUGGAAAGACACUCUCCGAUUUCCAGUAUAAUCAGUUCAAAUUGGCGGAAUUGGCAACAAAGUUGUAUACUAGUAGACUGAUCGUCCGAAAUGCCGCUGAGCAACUCGACAAUGAUCUCCCGGAGAAAGUGACACUUUGUGCGAUGGCUAAGCUGUAUGCCACGGAUAAUUGUUUUGAUGUCGUCAACGGAGCCCUCCAAAUGUUCGGUGGCUACGGAUUCCUGAAAGACUACCCAAUCCAACAAUACCUCCGUGACAUCCGCGUCCAUCAGAUCCUCGAAGGAACGAAUGAGAUGAUGAGGCUACUCAUCAGCAGAGACCUCCUCACCAAGGAUAUCUUCUGGAGCUCUUAA